GCGUGCCCCAGGCCCGCGCGCUCUGAGAGGCGGCUGCUGCCCACCGCCGACGCCGGGCGCGGGAGCUGAACCUGCCGGUCCCGCCUCCAUCGCCUGCCCUCCGCAGCUGCCUGGGCUCAGGGCCACGGCCACAUGGAGAGGGAGUGGAGGUCCGGGGAAGGCGGGGCUGCCCCAGAAUCCGGGACAAGCUUGGUCCCAGACGGGGGCGGUGAGGAGGCGGGGGGCCUCAGGGAGAGCGGCUCCUGCGGGCACGCGGGGGCGCUUCUGGCCCAGGAGGCUGCGGGGGUGGUGGCCGCGGCUGUGCGGGAAGCUGAGGCCCAGCGGGGCCCAGAGGAGGCCGACGCGGAGCCGGUGUUGGUGCUGGUGGUGGAGGAUAUCGUGGCGGAGGUGGAGGUGGUGGCUGUGGAAGACGAGGAGCUGCUGGCGGUGGAAGACGAGGAGGUGGCGCAAGCAGAGAGGGUCGAGAAGCCGAAGGAGCUGUCGCAGGCAGAGCCGGUGCCGCGGCCCGACACAGCCGGCGCCGCACUUGCCGCGCUGCAGGUGGUUCAGGAAGCGCUCCGCUCUGUGGAAGUCCAAGCCACCAGGGCCUACUUGCGGCUCAAGCGCAGGAUGAAUCAGAAGCGGAGUGGUCACCUGUCUCGAAGGAGGGCCAUCAUCCAGGGCAUCCCUGGCUUCUGGGCACGCGCCAUCCUGAAUCACCCCCAGUUAUCAGCUGUGAUAGGUGACCAGGACACAGACAUGCUCAGCUACAUGACCAAUUUAGAGGUGGAGGAACUGGGUCGUCCCAAGUACCGCUGCAGGUUGAUGUUUUACUUUGGGAGCAACCCCUACUUCCAGAACGACGUGAUCGUUAAGGAGUAUCACCUUAGCAUCGGCGGAUAUAGGGAGACUCGUUGCACUCCAGUCCAGUGGUUCUGGGAUUAUGAACGUGGUGCAGCCAGCCGCAGGCGAGACCCCAGCGGCCUGAACUUCUUCAACUGGUUGUGUGACCCCAGCUGCCCAGGGUCCAACAGGAUCGCCGGGAUCAUCAUCGAGGACCUGUGGCCCAAUCCCUUGCAGUACUACCCGAGGCAGGAAGGCGGCCUAUGGGAAUGAGCUGAGAGGAGGACCUGUCGGGAGGUUCACGCUGCUGAGAUGCAUAUGCGGAAGCAUCCCACUUGACCAGAAGCCGUGAAAACUUCCCACGGAGCCCGGUGCCGGGGUGAAACACAAGGUCGACUGAGGCCCCCGCGGAAAACCACUGAAAUGUAGAAGACCGAUGCC